UCAUCGGUGGUUGAGAAAGCUCUGAAAUCUGCAUUAUCAUCUAAGGUUUACAGUGAGUGUUCAGUUCGGUACUGUAGACUAAAGCGACCUCAUUGUGCAUUGAAGGUGGAUUUCAUGGGGAAUUCUAGUUCUUGAGUCUUGGGGAAUAGAUUAAGAGAAGUUUUGACGAUUUGGUUUAUCUUCUGAGAAGGGACAAGAAUCAAAUCCUAGGACAUGGGAUGUUUGGUAUCAACACCAACAUAUUCCAGUGGGCACAGAAGAAGGCCAGGAAAUGUGGGGGAGGUGGUCGUGUUUGUGCCUGGACUACGGAUUCCUAAAUCUGUGGACUUCUCUCAGCCACUUAGUGGUAGCUUGUCUAAGAGUUUAGUGGAGCGUCUCUCAGCUCUUAGAACUCGAGUAGUGGUCAUGGCUGGCCAAGAGGCACCAGUGGCAACAAAACCUAGAAGGAAAACAGCUACACAACAUGGAGGUUCAACAUUGGCUGAUCUUCAACAGGCUCUUGAGGAUUACUUGCCGGUAUUGUUAGGGCUAGUCAAAGAUGGAAGCCAGUUACAACACAAGGUACAAUUUGUCUGGAUUAAUCAGGAAGAUGAAGCACAGGAAACAGGCAUCUCAAAUGCUUGGUACGAAGUAUUAUCAGUUUUACACUUGAUGGCUAUGCUAUCCUUAUUGCAAGCCAAUUUUUUGCUGCUCCCAAAAGCAUCUGCUGAUGGCUAUCAGCCAAAAGUAUCAGAAGUAGAGAGCAGACGUACUUCUAUUGAUGUUUUCUUGAGGGCAGCAGGAUAUUUGGACUUUGCUGUCCGAUAUGUUAUUCCUCAGCUGCCCUCUGAACUCAGGGGUAGUCUUACAUUGGACCUAGCAGAAGGUGUGCUCCGAGCGCUUUGCUUGCAAGCCUUAGGCCAGAGUGUUGAAAUUCAACUUGGGAUGGCAAUUCAUAGUACCAAGGCCACACUAGCUGUGAAACGGAGACUUGCAUGUGAGAUGGUGAAGUACUGGGAUCAGGCCCAAUUUAACAUUAUGAACCUUCCAUUAGCCAAUGGAUGGGGGGAAAAGCAUAAGUUGUUUGUCAAGUGGAAGUACGUUGAAGCAAAGGCCGUAUCAUAUUAUUUUCAUGGUUUGAUACUUGAUGAGGGGAACACAGAGAAAUCUCAUGGGAUGGCCGUUGCUGCUCUGCAAGCUGCAGAGGAGCUUCUAAAAGAAAGUAAGAGGGUCUGUGAAGCCUUCAACAUUGCUCCUCCUCUAUCAAGGAGUCCACCUCUUUGGGGAGCAAUGAAGUAUCUUUCUGAGAAGUUCCCUAAGGAUACUUCUAGCAAGGUGCAGAUCAACCGGGACCUGUACAGUAAUGAAAAGGUUACGGAGACGGUACCACCAUUGCCAGAUUUUGCUUUGUCACUAAAACCCGAUGAAUAUCAGCUUCCCUCAGUGGAUUCCUUCUGGAAUGAAGAGAGUGUCUAAGGGUCAAUUUGGUUUCAACCAGCUCAAGCCCGAGAGAAGGUAAACGAAGUGUAUGCAAGAUUUUGAGUUGAUUGGUUAUUCUCAAGUAUGGGAGGAACCAAGAGGUGCAGAAUUAUUCCAUCACCAUGUGUAUGAAAAUCCUUGCCAGCAUUCAUUCUGUCUUUUUAUUCCCUCUUCUGCUUUCUUCGAGUAGCUUGCCAGAUUUUGUG